CACAAUAGAGAUGUAUCCGAAUAAAGCUUGAUUACUUUAAGCAGUCUGUAUUCUGUAAGAAGAUUUCGUAAUCUCAUCUGUUUUAGAGACUAGUGUUGGAAACAUGCGUUUAGUUUCCGGCCAAGUUGUGUGUGUUACCGGUGCGGGCGGAUUCGUGGCUUCAUGGCUGGUCAAGUUACUCCUGGAAAGAGGUUAUACGGUUAGAGGAACUGUCAGAAAUCCAGAUGAUCCAAAAAAUGAUCAUUUGAAGGAGCUUGAAGGAGCCAUGGAGAGAUUGAUAUUGUGCAAAGCUGAUCUGCUUGAUUUCAAGAGUUUAUGCGAUGCCAUCAAUGGAUGCGACGGUGUUUUUCACACUGCAUCACCCGUCACUGAUGAUCCGGAACAAAUGAUAGAACCAGCUAUUGUCGGAACCAAAAAUGUGAUAGUUGCUGCUGCGGAAGCCAAUGUCAGACGUGUGAUUUUCACUUCAUCUAUCGGGGCGGUAUACAUGGACCCCAAUCGGAGCCCUGACGAGCUGAUUGAUGAAACAUAUUGGAGUGAUCUUGAUUUCUGCAAGAACACUAAGAACUGGUAUUGCUAUGGAAAAGUACUGGCAGAGCGAACUGCAUGGGAAGAGUCGAAGCAGAGAGGGGUGGACAUGGUUGUGAUCAAUCCAGUAUUAGUAGUCGGUCCACUAUUGCAGCCUACCGUGAAUGCUAGCACGGCUCAUAUCCUGAAAUACCUCACUGGCGCAGUCAAGACCUAUGCAAACUCAGUGCAAGCCUAUGUCCAUGUUAGAGAUGUCGCGGCUGCACAUAUUAUGAUCUUUGAGAGUCCCUCCGCAGAGGGAAGGUAUCUGUGUUCAGAGAGCUCACUUCAUCGUGGCGAAGUUGUUGAGAUCCUGGCUAAAUAUUUUCCUGAGUACCCGAUUCCUACCAAGUGUUCUGAUGAAGUUAAUCCGAGGACAAAGCCGUUCAAGUUUUCGAACCAAAAGCUAAAAGAUCUGGGGCUUGAUUUCAUCCCGGUGAAGCAAUGCCUAUACGAGACCGUCAAGAGCCUGCAGGAGAAGAGGCACCUCCCAGUUACUAAUGAUCAGCAGUAAUACAAUAAUAAUAAGUUUUCAAAUAGAUAUCAUAUAUACCUUAUAUCUCCAGUCCUUGCAUGUGCAUUGUAAUUGUUCUAAGUAAUAGCAGUAAAAUGUAGUUAUGUUUUUACUAAG